CCGACGAGAUCCUCCAAGUUUCGUCGCAUUAAGCCCCUCUACACAGCCCGGGCAGCGUACAGUACGAACGUCGCGCCGAAUUUGUUUCGGCGCCCGUCGACAAGACUGAACACGUGUGUGCGUGUGCGUGAGUGUUUCUUCGACUACGGUCUAGGGCGCGUUGACGCUUGCGUUUUCCGUUUUUUUCGUUCGUCGUUUCCCUCUAGACCACGUGGAUCCCCGCCAUCGGUAUAAGGUCGUCUUUUUUCUCCGCACCGUCUUGCCGAGGAAUGGUCGUCGUGCGUUUUGUUUUUUUUUCAUCAGUUCGUUUCCCGAUAGAUCGUUUUGAUUUCACGUUUUGUACCUACGACCGAAGCGUCAGUCGACCGUCACGUCGUGGUGGUGCGUCGCGCGCGCACGUUUUUAAUUAGACAGGUAGUCCGCGGGAUGUUUUACAGAGCGUUCUUUUUCGCCGUUCGUCAUACCACCCGUUUAGAGUGGCCGUUCUCGAUUCGCUCGAAAUAAUUGCGGUCAGUGACAUUCGAGGUGACAUUAUAGUUGGACACCAGGACGUCAUUUCGUGAUCGCGUCGUCGCAAAAGUGGCCGACAUCUAUCAGUACACAGGGUAUUGCGGAACCUAUGACAGACAUGGAAAAGGCAAAGGUUGUUAUAGCACAUAAGGAAUUCUACGACAAUCUAUUACUCCUUCGCAUAAAGCUUCAAAAAUGCCUUUCACUUGCCAAUACUCUUCCACAAGACUUGGACAAAAUUACUAAGGAAGACAAGGAAGAAUGCGCCUAUGACACUGUAAAAGAUUUAGAACAGUAUUUAAUAAUGGUGGUAAAAUAUCAAACAGACUUACUUGCUAAGAAUCAAAAUGUUAAAAUGAUGUAAGAUUUUAAAUAUAAAGUAUAAUCUAACUAUAUAAUUUAUAUGGAAUAAAUCUAGUUUAGUUACCUCGUA